UGUAUAUAAGUCGCCACUUUUGUACCCACAAGACCACCCAAUAGAAACGGCAAGAACAAGGGCAGGUGUGUGCAGAGACACCCAAACCUUCUCCAAUGGCCAUUCAAUCCACUUCCACCCCACUAUAUGAGAAGAUAAGCCUGAAAAACGAUGGGAAGAGGGCAGUCGAGAUCUUCAUCUUGUUUCUUCUCGUCUCCCUUCUCACGUAUCGGCUUGUUCACCUCGAGGACCACGGACUUGAAUGGCAGGUCGCGCUCGCGUGCGAGUCGUGGUUCACGUUCGUGUGGAUUCUCGUCAUCAGCACCAAAUGGAGCCCCGUGAGCUACAAAACUUACCCUCACCGUAUCUUGCAAAGGGUAAGCGAGCUUCCUCCCGUGGACGUGUUUGUCACAACGGCAGAUCCGCAGCUAGAGCCUCCGAUCAUCAUCGUGAACACAGUCCUCUCUUUAAUGGCGGUAGACUAUCCAGCUCAUAAGCUGGCGUGCUAUGUCUCUGACGAUGGCUGUUCGCUAUUGACCUUCUACUCUCUAAUGGAAGCUGCAAAGUUCGCAAAGCUCUGGGUUCCGUUUUGUAAGAAGUACAAUAUUCAAUUGCGAGCCCCAUUCCGGUACUUCGCCGGCGACUCAACCAUAUUGUCUGGUGAAGACUGCUCAUUGGAAUUCCAACAAGCACGGGACACAAUGAAGGAUGAGUACGACAAGCUGAGCGGGAAGAUAGAAGAUGCGUCCCAAGGAUCGGUCCCAUCUAAUUUUACUGGGGAGUUCGCCGCUUUCUCUAACACAGAACGUAAGAAUCACCCCACCAUUAUCAAGAUCAUACUGGAAAACAAAGGAGGUCAUGCAGAUGAAUUGCCACAUCUGAUCUACAUAUCACGAGAAAAGCGGCCAAAGCACCCACAUCAUUACAAGGCGGGAGCCAUGAAUGUCCUGACCAGAAUUUCAGGACUCAUGACGAAUGCACCAUUGAUGCUGAAUGUCGACUGCGACAUGUACGCCAACAAUCCGCAGAUUGUUCUUCAUGCUUUGUGUCUCCUUCUUGGCACAAAGUAUGAGAGAUAUUGUGCAUUUGUUCAAUGCCCACAGUACUUCUAUGAUGGAGCAAAGGACGACCCAUUUGGAAAUCAACUAGUGGUCCUACAAGAAUAUUUGGUACGAGGAAUAGUAGGAAUUCAAGGACCCGUCUAUGGAGGAACAGGAUGCUUUCAUCGCCGGAAAGUAAUCUACGGGUCAUGGCCAGAGGACAUGAAGACCGAAAAGAAAAUUCUUACCUCUAAUGGAGAAUUAACCAAGGAAAAAUCACUAAAUGGUUUUGGAAGUUCAAAACAAUUCAUUGACUCCGCUGCUCAUGCUCUACAAGGCAAUCCAGAUCAUCCCAAAGAUCUUUCAAGCUCUCUUGAAGUAGCAUGUCAAGUUGCUAGUUGCACCUAUGAAUACAAUACUGAUUGGGGUAAAAAGGUUGGUUGGAUGUACGGAUCGACGGCGGAAGAUAUCCUCACGGGAGUGGCCAUCCAUACCAAGGGUUGGAGAUCACUCUACUGCUCACCAAACCCACCGGCUUUUCUUGGUUGCGCACCAUCUGGUGGGCCUGCCUCGAUGACCCAGCAAAAGAGAUGGGCCACGGGCCUGCUCGAAGUUCUAUUGAGCAAAAGGAGUCCAAUAUAUGGCACCCUAUUCAUGCAUCUCCAUUUCAGGCAGUGUUUGGCGUACUUGUGGGUCCUAAUUUGGGCACUGAGGUCCAUACCUGAGUUCUUGUAUGCUCUCCUGCCAGCUUAUUGUAUCAUGACCAACUCCCACUUCUUGCCCAAGGGACAAGAACCAGCUAUCAUAAUUUCAGCUGCCAUUUUCAUCAUCUACAACCUAUAUUGUUUAUACGAGUACUUCGCCAUUGGCUUGUCAAUACAUGCGUGGUGGAAUAACCAAAGAAUACAGCGAAUAACAUCUACAUGUGCUUGGUCAUUUGGAGUCUUGAGUGUUGUACUCAAGCUCUUAGGACUAUCGGAGACAGUAUUUGAAGUAACCAAGAAAGACCAAUCUACAUCUAGUGAUAGCACCAACGCCGAACUUGGGAGGUUCACCUUUGAUGAGUCCCCAAUUUUUGUACCAGGCACUGCUCUUCUACUGGUGCACCUGAUAGCAACAUUUACAAUGUUGUUAGGGUUGCGCCCCCAAGCAUCCAGAAGUAGCGGCUCUGGCAUGGGAGAGGUGAUCUGUACUAUGUGGGUGGUUCUGUGUUUCUGGCCAUUUUUUAGGGGUUUGUUUGGGAAAGGAAAAUAUGGGAUUCCCUCGACUACGAUAAUGAAGGGAGCUAUCGUAGCAACCAUUAUUGCUUACUUAUUUAGAUUCACACCCACAGAUUGGUUUGAGGUACGGAUCGAUAACAGAAGAUAUCUUUACGAGAUUCGCCAUCCAUAUCAAUGGUUGGAAAUCACUCUAUUGUUCACCAAAUCCACCUGCUUUUCUAGGCUGCGCACCAUCCGGUGGACCUGCCUUGAUGACCCCGCAAAAAAGACGGGCCACAGGUCUGCUCGAAGUUCUAGUAAGCAAAAAGAGUCCAAUAUAUGGCACCCUAUUUAUGUAGCUCCAUUUCAGGCAAUGUUUGCAUACCUAUGGAUCCUAACUUGGGCACUGGGAUCGAUACCGGAGUUCUUAUAUGCUCUCCUACCAGCUUAUUGUGUAAUGACCAACUCCAACUUCUUGCCCAAGGGACAAGAACCUCAGCUAUCCUAAUUCCAACUGUCAUUUUCGUCAUCUAUAACCUACACUGUUAUACGAGUACUUCAUCACUAGCUUGUCAUACGUGCGUGGUGGAAUAACCAUAGAAUGCAACGGAUAACGUCUACAUGCGCCUAAUCAUAUGGAGUCUUAAGAAUUGUGGUCAAGCUCUUAAGGCUAUCAGAGAGGAUAUUUGAAGUAACCAAGAAAGAUUAAUUUGCAUCUAUUUAUGAUGUCAGUGCCGAAUACGGGAGAUUCACCUUAGAUGAGUCCCCAGUUUUUGUAUCAGGCACUGCUCUUAUGCAGAUGCACUUGACAGCAGUACUUAUGAUGUUGCUAGGGUCGCACCCACAAGCAUCCGAUAAUGCACUGUGUGGGUGCUGCUGUGUUUUUGGCCAUUUUUAAGAGGGUAACAUGGAAAACUGAAAUAUGGGAUUCCUUCUACUACUAUAA